AUGACGGGCUUUAGUAAUAAGGCCAUAGUAAUCGAUGGCCGCGGCCAUCUCCUGGGCCGCUUGGCUGCAGUGAUUGCAAAGGUACUUCUGGAAGGAAACAAAGUUGUUGUUGUGAGAUGUGAGCAACUGAACAUCUCAGGAAAUUUCUUUAGGAAUAAGCUGAAGUUCAUGUCAUUCUUGCGCAAACGCUGCAAUGUGAACCCAGCUCGUGGUCCAUUCCACUUCAGAGCACCAUCAAAAGUUCUGUGGAAAACGGUCAGAGGAAUGAUCCCACACAAGACUGAGCGUGGAAAGGAUGCUCUGAGAAGGCUCCGUGCAUAUGACGGUUGCCCUCCACCAUAUGACAACCGCCGUCGUGUGGUUGUACCUGCUGCUCUCCGUGUGUUCUGCCUUAAACCUGGACGCAAGUACUGUCAUGUGGGUCGUCUUUCACAUGAAGUCGGAUGGAAAUACCGUGAGGUUGUCCGUAAACUCGAGGACAAGAGGAAGUUCAAGACCAUCCACAAAGUUUCUUAUGAAAAGAAACUUAAGAAAAUCACCAAGGAAGCUGGAGAGAAGGUGGCUAAAACAACAGCGCCCUUCACAGCUGUCAUGCAAUCCUAUGGAUACAAU